AGUCGAUAAAAAUUGGAGAACUUUGACAGUUGACAACUUGACGUAAAGUGACGACAGUUUUUAACUUUUGAACUUUAAAAUAAGUUUUGUAAUUCGUAUAGUUUUGUAUAUAAUUAUGCUGUAAUACAUUGAAUAUGGCCAAAAUAGCGGAAAUAAGAUUAUUAUUCGAAACAAAAAUUAAAGAUGGCAUCCCCGAUCCGCCUGGCCCUUUCGAUCCGCGAGACUUGGAACGAGUAAAAAGUGAUAAAUAUUUGUAUCGCGUGUUGGAACAUUCGCAGAAUAAUGUUCAGCAAGCCGUCCAAAUGCUAUACGACAUAAUGGCGUGGAGAAAAACAAAUAAAGUCAACGAAAUAAACGAAGAUACAGUGAAUAUAGAUUAUUUAAAAGAAGGCAUAUUUUUUCCUCACGGCAGAGACAUAGAUAGCUGCUUACUAUUCAUAUUAAAGUCUAAACUUUACGUAAAAGGCACAAAAAAUGUAGAGGAAGUUAAGAAAGUUGUUAUUUAUUGGCUGGAACGAAUUGAAAGGGAGGAAGAUGGCAAAAAGAUUACAUUAUUCUUUGAUAUGGACGGCUGUGGCUUAAAUAACAUGGAUAUCGAAGUUAUAAUGUAUAUGAUCACGUUAUUGAAAAGCUAUUACCCGUAUCUCAUAAACUAUAUUAUAGUUUUUCAAUUACCAUGGAUAUUGUCAGCAGGAUUUAAAAUUAUAAAGGGUAUUCUGCCUUCUGCAGCAGUAGAGAGGCUCAGAAUGGUAAACAAGGAUAAACUGAAGGAAUUGGUCGCGCCAGAACAAGCUUUGACUUGUUGGGGUGGUAGGAAUGAUUAUGUCUUCAAAUUUGUUCCAGAGAACAGGGUAAAUGUCGAUAAAACAAUGAAAAAUGUUACAUUUGCCGAGGAUGAUAAUCAACAUUCACCAGGAGAAAUGUUAAGCUUGAAUCCAGGUAAAUUAUUAAUGUUUAAAUUGGAAAAUGAUAGAAUAGUUGCUCAAUUGACUAUCAUGAAUAUGGAUGAAAAUUGUAUAUCAUUUAAAAUAAGAACCACGGCUCCCGAAAAAUAUACUGUUCGUCCGAGUUCCGGUAUACUGGCAAGUAAAACAUCACAGACUAUACAAAUUAUUGUGAGUUCCGGUUUCCAUAUAACCUCUGUGGUAAGAGACAGGUUUCUAGUUGUAUCAAUACAAGUUCCAAGUUCUAAUAUAUCCGCAAAAGAUUUAAGUAAAAUAUGGAAGAAUGCUGACAGCAAAGCCGAUGAAUAUAGACUGAAAUGUUCCUGUAUAGAGUUCAAGGAAAACAAAAAAAUCGAACCGAGCAAAGAUCCAGAAUCAAUAGUUUAUAAAUUAAAUAAUUUACAAAACAAUCAUAAUACGCUCGUAAAGAGCUUAGAAAUGUUGCAUAUGUACCAACUGUUCUCCAUGUUUCUUAUAUUCCUUACAAUCGUUUUGGGAUAUUUAGCUUUUAAAAAUACGAAACACUGUCAGUAUUAAUGCAUGUGUCAAUUAUUUAUAUACAUCAGAUUUGCGAAAGUAACUCUGUCUGGUCAAAAAAAUGAACGAAAUUUGAUGAAAUUUAGUAUGAGGCAUGCUUAAACUUC